AGUUACAAGUCACACCAAAGGGACACCCGUCACAUCCCAUCCCUCACAUGACAUAUAUAGUUUUGUUCAAGGGGUCUCAGGUCCGCGUCUCACAGCCUUGUUUCAGGGGUCUGCAGUCCGCCUCUCACAACCUUUUGGUUACAAAGGGAGCAAAUAACUGUGGGGAAAAGGUCACGAUUUGAUGUUUAGUUUACGGAUUUUCUAGUGUGUGUCCAUGAGCAUACACGAACAACCACUUUUUCAUAAGAUAGUGGAUUUCUAUUGACUCUCAUCUCAUUAAUAAUGAUGGCCCCAUAGCUUGUACAAAAAUCUCCUCCAAUCAAAAUCUUCCAACUAACUAAAAGUACUUUGUUAGUGUGUGCUCAUGGCCGCACACUAAUAAUGCACACUAAAAAGACUCUUUAAUUUAAGAGUAAUUGACAGUUUGCAACCCUUAACUUAAGUGCCUUUUUCGAUUUGGUUACUUAUUUAUAAUCUUGGCACUAUGCAACCCAUAUCUUAUAAAUUUUAACCAACCUGCAACCCGCUGUCGAACUCCCGUUGAAAGUUAACAGUCAACCUCGUUUGACUGUUAUGUUUAAUAGCUUUAGAAUAAAACAGUUGAGUCUCGAGAAGACGCAACCAUUUCUCCCCGCCCAACAUCAUCUCCAAAUUCCCCCCUUUUUCUCUAUCGACUGAUUGAAGCAACAAACCCUAGCUGUUGAUCGAGUGAUCGAGUGAGAGUAAAACGACUGUUGAUUCAACACAAUGAGAGGUAGAUUGAGGAUAGAUGGUCGCGUUUUUGGAGAGAACCCUAGCUGGCUUGAAGUUCCAGUUGAGUUCUGGAGCAAGCGACUGCCCGCUGGUAGUGAUGCGCCGGUGAUUCCAGAGCCUAUUCUUGCUCCUGGCGACGAAACCCCAAAAUAUGGAGAGGAUUCAAGAUAUUUUACUAUUAAAGUGCAUUAUGGUGGGAGGUUUGAUGACAAUCUUGAUAGUUAUGUUGGAGGUGAAAUUAGGUAUUUUGAUAUGUGUGAAGUUGUGGAUUUUCGUCUAAUUGAUAUGGAGUCUAUGCUGACAGAGCUGGGGUUAGUGUUAGGAGAAUUUUGCCUUUGGUUUUGUAUUCCUGAUACAGAGUUGUCGAAGGGGAUUAUGCCAAUUGUCAGUGAUGAGGAAGUGGAAUCAAUUAGUGUUUUCACUGCAUAUUCUAGAUGCUUGAACAUAUAUACCACAGAUGAGCCACUUGAUGAAGUUGUAGGUGAUGGUUGGGAUAACUUUUCAUUAACUCAAUUAGCCGAGGAUCAAAGGAUUGAGAGGAUAGAAGAAAUGAGAGAGGAGGUAGGAUAUGUAGGUGAGCCUGCUGGUGGGGAUAAAGGGGUAAAUCCAUCUAAGAAAAAAGAAGAAGAGCUGAGUUGGGAAGGUGACUCUUCAAACCUGGAUUCUAGUGACAGUGAAGUAGAGAAAGUCCCACCAAAAAGGAGGAGAAUACCCCCACCUAAUCCACCCUACAGGACAAGGAAAAGAGGAAGAUAUUCAAUGUUGAGGGGACUGUUCAAAAAUACAGAGGACACUCCAGUCAUCAUUACUGAUGAGGAUGGUCCUCCUGAAAGCCAACCAAGUCAGGUUGAAGAAAAACAUGAGAAUUCAAAGUCAAUGAAAGGGAAGACAGUGAAGAAGAAGACAGUGGCAAGGAAAAAAGCUAAGAGAGGCAGUGAAAAACAACAGAGCACUGAAGAAAAAAAUGUGGCUAAUGAAGAUGCUGGAAACAAUGAAGAUCAUGUGGCUAAUGAAGAUGCUGAAACCACUAAAGAUGAUGAUCAUGUGGCUGCAGGCAUGCUUUUUGCAAAUGGAGCAGUAUUCAGAGCUGCAGUGAGGAAACAUGCCAUAGUCCAACAAAGGCCUAUCCGGUUGAAGAAGAAUUUUAAAAACAUUAUAAAAUGGGUUUGCAGUGAGGGUUGUCAAUGGAGGUGCUAUGGUAUCAAGCAGCAAAGGACAGAGAACAUACAAAUUAAGACACUGAUUAACAGACAUACUUGCAAUCCUACAUGGGUGCAGAAAUGUAUUAAUUCCACCUGGAUUGCAAAGGAAUAUGAGGACGAAAUCCGAUUGAACCCAGAAUGGCCAACACAAGCAUUUCAUGCCAGAGUUGUUAAUGACUUGAAAUGUCAAGUUUCAUUGUCUAUGGUGUACAGAGCACUGAAGAAGGCUAGGGAUAAUAUCCUUGGAAAUCAUGAGAUGGAGUAUGCAAAAAUCUUUGCAUAUGCAAAUGAAAUCAAAAGACAAAUGCCAUCCUCCACAGUGAAGAUUAUGACUGAGCAAGCUGAAGAAGGUGGAACCUGUACAAGGUUUAAAAGAUUCUAUGUUUGCCUAGGUCCACUAAAGGAAGGGUUCUUAGAUGGCUGCAGACCAAUCAUUGGAUUAGAUGGAUGCCAUUUAAAGGGUCCGUUAGGAGGAAUUUUGCUGACUGCUGUUGGUACAGACCCGAAUGAUGGGAUGUAUCCAAUUUGUUGGGCCCAGGUUGAAGCAGAAAACAACGAUAGCUGGGAAUGGUUUAUCAGAUUGCUUAAAGAGGACCUUCACAUGGAGAAUCCAGGAUCUUACACCUUCAUCUGUGAUAGACAGAAGGGUUUAGUUAGGGCUCUUGAAACUGAGGUCCCUGAAGCAGAGCAUCGCUUUUGCGUAAUGCAUCUCUACAAGAAUCUGUGGAAAGAACAUAAAGGAAUUGGAGUUAGAAGGCUCCUCUGGUCUGCUGCUAGGUCAACAACCCCUUACCAUUUCAACCAAAAUAUGGAGGCUCUUAAGAAGUUAGCACCAAGGGCUUACGACUGGUUAGCAGCCAAGCCAAAGUCACAGUGGAGUAGAUCAGCUUUUAGAGAUAUUUGCAAGAGUGACAUGUUCGUUAAUAACAACUGUGAAGUUUUCAACAAUGCAAUCAACAAGUUUAGAGGUAUGGGGAUUGUUACAAUGUUCAUUGGAAUUCAAAAUACAUGUAUGGAGAGGAUCUGCAAGAGGCUGACAAAAAUGGACAAGAGGGACACUAUCUUCUGCACAAAACCUCUUAAGAAGUUGCACAAAUCUAUGGAAUUGGCUGCAAAUGCAAGGCCAACUUGGAAUGGAGGCCACAAAUUUCUUGUGACCAUGAGUGAUGGAGGCCAUCAAAUUGUGGUGGACCUGCAGAAUCGAUCCUGUGCUUGUAAAAAGUGGCAAUUAACAGGUAUUCCAUGUUUUCACUCAUGUUCAUGCAUAUUCUUUUUAAAAGAAAAUCCACUGGACUAUAUGCAUGAAUGCCACAAGAAAGAAUACUAUCUGAGGGUAUACGGCCACAUUCUUGAACCUUUAAAUGGGGAGGAAUUUUGGGAGGAAACAUUUGAAACUCCAAUAUUACCUCCAAAAACAAGAACAGCUCCUGGUAGGCCGAAAAAGAAGCGAGACAAAAAAUCUGAUAUAGUUCAGACAAGGGAGAACAACCCAAGUAUGCUCAAGAGGACUGGAACCUCUCUCAAAUGCAGUUAUUGCUCAGAAUGGGGGCACAAUGCAAGAACUUGCCAGACAAAGAAAAUUGAUGAAGAAAAGAAGAGGAAAGAAGAUGGGGGAGAGGAAGGAGCUGGAUCCUCAAGGGCUGCUAACAUUAAAAAGUGCAGUGUAUGCCAACAAGAGGGGCAUAAUAAAAAAACAUGCACUGCUAAAGAAGCUGGAACCUCAGUUGCAGAAAAGAAAACAGAUCCAAACCAAGCUGGGAGCACUGCAAACAAAAGAAAAGACUCCAAAGCUGUAGUACAACCACCAGCAGAGGCAUCAAAACAACCAACUGCCGCCAACAAAGUCCAGAGAACAGCUGAGGUUGUAAAUACAACCAGUCAUGGAGGGAUCUUCAGAAAAUUUAAGCCACCAGCUCAGUCAUCUUCUAGACAGUGCUUGGGAGUUGAGCCAAUACCAGGGCAGAAGUACACAUCUUUAAAGAAUUUGCAAGAUGCUGGUAAGAAGAAGCAGAAGGAAUUGCUGAAGAAAAACUAGGAGCUGCAGAUGAUGUGUUGUGAGACUUUCUUAUAAUUAUUGUUUUGUGCUUGCUGGGAUUUUAUUUUUGGAAGGUUGGCACACCAACCUUACCCUUUAACAUUGAUUCAUCUGUAACUGUGGCUGAGAUUUUAUUUUCUGAUGUUAAUGCUCCAACUACAUUGCUG